GUCCCUAGCUAAAAUGACGUUCAGUGACAGCUGACUAAAAUAAGAGUGUUGUUUGUGUUGUUCCAAAAAGUCAAAAAUAACCCGUAAUGGGAAUAAAUUGAGUGUAAUUCUCGUACGAUUUAUUUUUUAAACCACCCAUUUGUAUUUACUUUACGUAAUAAAUGCCGAGCGAAAGCGUGCUAGCAUUGACAGGUAACCAUCUGUUUGUAGCUGCUUUCCGCCCAAGAACAGGCGAUUUUCACGUCGUAAUUGGUUUAAAAUGGGCGAAUCUCAUGAGAAUUUAUUAAGAGUCGUGAGACACUGCCAGGAGUCUCUUGAUAAAUACACCGAAAACCGCAAUGACGGCAAGUUGUUGCAUUACAUAGAGAAGCUGUACAGGCUUCCCAUCAAAGUAGUGCAUUUGGAACAAACGGGGGUUGGACGUACGGUGAAUGGCUUACGUAAGUUAGGGGGCGAUGUGGGUGAUUCGGCCAAGUCUCUUGUCGCAAAAUGGAAGGAAAUGGUGGUAGGGGAACAGGAAGAAGAGGAGGAGGAUGACGAAGAUGAGGACGAAGACGACGAAGAGGAAGAUGGGUACCAAAGCGGCGAAGAACCGUCAAAUGACAGCGACGAUAAAGACGGUCAGGAGACAAAAUCCAGAACUGAAACUCCUUCUAGUCAUAGCAAACGUGAUAGUGACAGGACUGAAGAUAGGGAAAAAGCUAAGAAAAGUAAACAAAGUUCAAAACCAGACGGUCAUAGUUCCGAAUCCUCCCGAAAAGAAAAACAUCGGCAUAACGGACAUGACAAACACAAAUCACACAAAAGAAAAAGCGAGGAAUCGAGCAGUGAAGAAGAAACCCCGAGAAAGCGCCCCAAGAAGGAGGAAGACAGAAACAAAUCGAAACGGAGUGAAGAGGAACGAAAACACAAAUCGGAAAAACAUAAAUCGGCGAAAAAAUCGCGAGACUCGUCCUCGGAUUUUGAAGAUUCUUCCAAGUCUAGCAAAAAGUACGAAAGUAACAAACACAAAUCGAGCAAAAAAGACGAUUUGAAGAAACACGAGGAGAGGAAAAGCAAAGAAAAGAAGAGUAAAGACGAGAAAAGGGAAAAAAGUGACGAUAAGAAACCCAAAAGUUCGAAAAAAUUAAACGGGGGAUUGGUCAGUGGGAUUGAUUCAGGGUCAGGGGCGAGCUUCGCGGAGGCUUUGGGAAUGUGUGAACCGUCUUCGAGUAAGAAUACUCCAAAGAAGAAGACGGAGAAGGUGGAAAAGACGGAGAAGAAGAGGGAAAAGUCCACAGAUCAAACGGUCCCCAAACUCCUUAAAGAACCGACACUGGACCCCAUAGAUCUCAAUAUUUCAAGUCUACUGCCUCCAAUCACCCCCAACUAUCGCCCUCUUGGCAACCUACUCUCUUCUGACAGCCACACGAAAAAAUUCAUGUCCGAAUCUGAAGCGCUCACCAGCAUUAUAACCUCGAAAAAUCAAAGGACUAAAGUCUAUUCCGGCAAUAAAAUAGGCUGUGGUAAAGUGGCCUCACUUUUCGACUUGUGUAUUCGAGUCCUUCAAGACAAUAUUGACGCUUUGGAGUACACUGGAGGAGUCCCUUACAACGUCCUUAAACCAAUUCUAGAAAAGGCCAAUCCCAACCAACUCUACAUCAUGGAACACCACAACCCUUAUCUCAUUGAAGACACGGAUGAAUUGUGGCAAUUGCACUGCCAGAAAGAAUUCAGAAAUAAGAAAAGAGAAGAGUUGGAGACAUGGCGUGAAAUGUACCUGAGAUGUUUGGAUGAAAGAGACGCCAAACUUAAAGCACUGACAGCAAAUAUAAAACAAGCCCAAGACAAGUCGCUUCCGGUCAGGAUGACCAAGUUGGCGUAUGUGGAUGCGGUGGCGAAGCCCCCGAGAAAUAUAGCGAGAAAACAGGCGAAAAAUGGAACAGCCUUCGACGUCCGAAAAACUUCAGCUAAGCUGUGUUCACUAGCAACGGCAGGCGAAGCCGGAAAAGUCGCUGUCCCCAACCCCGGAAGUCGAGCCGUUGAAAGACCCUCGACUCAUACCAAACCCAAAAAGGCCCCUCUCAUGUUAAAAAGUAUAAGUUCGUUCAAAAACAGGUUUAAAAGAUAACCUAAAGACUGUGUUCGAUUAGUUUUUUUAUAUUUUGGCUGUAAGUUUUAGAUUUUUUGAUCUAGGGUAGCGAUUGGUUUUAUUUUAUUGUGGUUUCAAAAUUUUGACAAUUUUUGUCAAGCUAUGUGAUUGUAGUAAUUUAUAUUGUAUCAUUUUUUUGAUUUACAUCAUUGUGUAUACUGUCAUUUCGUCUCAUUAAAAGUUACAUUUUUUAUUGUUGGUGGCAAAUGUAAUUAUGUAAAGCACGGUUUUAAAAAUAAUUAAAAUAUUUUUAUAGAUUAAGUACAGCGUUAAGUAGGUGAUUAAAUCAUAAAAAGAUACAUUUUGAGCACUGUAUUCUUUUUACAAAGAAUAUAUAAAUAAAUGAUUUUAGCAA